AUGGCUAUCAAUGCGAUGAAGAGUCAAAAUGCCGAUGAGAUUGUGCUUGAAACUGAACAUACCAAUGUUGGUGCACUUUCAUUAUACCAAAAUCUGGGAUUUAUCCGAGACAAAAGAUUAUAUCGGUAUUAUCUUAAUGGUGUGGACGCAUUUCGACUUAAAUUGUUUUGUAAGGGUGGCGGUGAAAGUGAAUCAGAAAAUGAUAAUAAUUUAAAAAAUAGAAAUCAAGCAACACCAACGAAGGAAAAUGAAA